AUUUUUUUCGGAAGAAAAAAAAUAAUAAUAAUAAAAUUAGUUACGAAAAAAGAAACAGCCUGCAAAUCGCAAUCAGUUAAGCUGAUUCGCUCUGCCGCCCCCUUUCACCAUCAAAUUAUUCUUGAUUUUUUCACGCAUACGGAUAUAUUUACACAUGUAAAAACCUUAUAACUUUUUGUUUAGAUUUCGACUUUAAAAUUCGAUUUUUCCUGGGUUUGCAUUCAUAGUAUUCAUUGAUCAGUGUCAGAAAAUUACGUGUCUUCAAUUUGUUGUUCAGCUGCAAGUGCGAAAUAUAGUUUGAAUAGCUAUAACAACUGGGUAAUUUCAUCGUUAGAUCUGAAUCUUACUAUUAUUUUUUUAACCACUAAUAAUUUCAUCCAAUUGAACAAAGAAUGCCCCAAGAUUCGACGUCGGAGCCUGAACCGGAUGAUUCUGAUCCAGAUCUAGAAUUCGCAGAGGUUGAUCCCACUGCUCGGUACGGUCGGUAUAAAGAAGUACUUGGCAAGGGAGCUUUUAAAAAGGUAUACAGAGCAUUUGACGAAUGGGAAGGAAUAGAGGUGGCUUGGAAUCAGGUCAAAGUUGCAGAUCUAUUGAGAAAUUCAGACGAUUUGGAGCGGCUGUACUCAGAAGUUCACUUGCUAAAAACUCUUAAGCAUAAGAAUAUUAUCAAAUUUUACAACUCUUGGAUCGAUGCCAAGAAUGAGCAUAUCAACUUCAUUACUGAAAUAUUCACCUCUGGAACUUUGAGACAGUACCGGAAGAAACACAAGCAUGUUGAGUUGAGAGCACUAAAAAAAUGGUCUAGGCAAAUCCUAGAGGGUCUUUUAUAUCUUCAUGGUCAUGACCCUCCAGUUAUUCAUCGAGACUUGAAGUGUGAUAAUAUAUUUGUUAAUGGGAACCAGGGAGAGGUGAAAAUUGGUGAUCUGGGACUAGCUGUUAUAUUGCAUCAGGCUCAUUCAGCUCACAGUGUCAUUGGCACACCGGAGUUCAUGGCACCCGAGCUUUAUGAGGAGGAAUACAAUGAGCUUGUAGAUAUAUAUGCCUUUGGUAUGUCCUUGCUGGAGCUGUUGACCUUGGAGUAUCCAUAUGUUGAAUGUGUCAAUGCUGCUCAGAUAUAUAAGAAAGUGACAGCAGGAAUCAAGCCGGCAUCGUUUGGAAAGGUGAAGGAUCCUGGAGUCAAAGCAUUUAUAGAAAAAUGUAUUGCAAAAGUCUCUGAGCGGUUAUCUGCAAAAGAACUGCUUAUGGACCCUUUUCUCCAAGCAGAUGAAGAGUCUGGAAGUAUGGGAAACUCCAUGCAUUCCCUUCCUCUAAAUGCAGAUGAUAAUGGUGUAAAGUCUGACAGUGGAAAAAUGCCUCAUGACUCCAUACCUGAGGGUAGUCAAGACUUCAUGGUUCAGGGUGAAAGAAAAGACCAUAAUACGAUAUUUUUGAAACUCAGAAUAGCAGAUUCAUCUGGUCACAUUCGUAAUAUUCACUUCCCAUUUGACAUUGAGACGGAUACGUCAACUGCCGUUGCUAGCGAGAUGGUUGAAGAACUGGAUUUGACAGAUCAUGAUGUAUCAAUAAUUGCUGCAAUGAUUGAUUCUGAAAUUCAAUCACAUAUUCCAGACUGGGCUCCCAGAGAAAACUCCAGCAACAAUGUUUGUGGUGAAGCUGAAAGUGGUGGGUAUGGAGCUCAGGAUGAUAUGUCCCCCACGACGCAUGAUUCUCCUCAUUAUAGCCCUCUUGUUUUGGAUAUACUGCCAUCAGGUCAUAAAUAUUGGUCCGAUUCACCCAAAGCUAGUCGUGGAAGCUCUCCACUAAGGCCAGGGCCGUCAAACUUAUUGGAAUCAGAGUCAGUGAUCUCUGGAGACAGCUGGUCCGAAGAUAAUUCACAGUCUCCAAUCAGCCAUAAAGGUUUGAACAGUUUCUGCAAUGCUUCUCCGCAGAGGCAUGUGGAGUCUGAGUCAGAUCAUGAUGGUCAUAAGAAAGGCAAUGAAGAAGCCUCAUUACCCCAAGAUUCACAAUUUGGUGAAGUUGACAAACGUAUUGAUGUAUAUUCUUUCAAUAGGCCUCAUUCAUUGGGAGAAGAUACAAUUCCAACUGAAACUGAUUCAGAUGAUGUUAAAGGUAAUGUUAAGAAACUUGAGCAUCUAUUAGAUGAGCAGCAAAGGGAGCUCGAUGAACUUAAGAGGAAGCAGGAACAAGCUAUUUCAGAUUUUCUAAAGGAACUUCCCCUGGAUGUCCGUCAGAGAGUUCUGAGAACUAGGAACCAGAAAAUCGCUGAAUAUAAACUGAAUAGUUUGACUUUUAACUUUAUUGAUCCAGGUUUGCAGAUGUGAGUCUUGUUGCUUUACAUUUCUAACUCGCCUUCCAAAGAUUUGGAAUUUUCUUUGACUACAUCAAUUAUUAUAUCAUCACAAGGGUUCAAGAUAAACCAGAAGGCUGAUAGUUUUAAUCUUGUGGGAGAGACCAAAAACAGGAGUCACUGGAAACAUAUCUAUGGAUGUCUUUUAGCUUUGGCUUCAACAUGGAAAACGGAUAUCAAAUUUGACUUUUUUAAUCUAGAAUUUUCUAGCGUACACAUGCAGGGACAUAAUUAUGCUUCUUGAAUUUGCCUCAGGAUUCUAUUUCUGUGAACUAUGGUUAGUUGUACUGCUGAAGAUCGGUAGUGCCUGGAUUUGUUAAAACCUUGAAAUCAUGGUUUUGUCAAGGGCGGACAUAUUAAUUUCGUCUCAUUGCACAGUCAACAUCUUUUGCAAAUUGUUUUAUAUUCCAAUUGAUUAUUUGAUUUUCAUGAAAAAUAUACCUGUAUAUAGAAUACAUGUUGUGUAUUAAUGACGCAAGUGGCUGAUUGUCCUGGAAUCAUUGUCCAUUGAAGAAACUAUUAUUGUUUCUAUAUUGUGAAUUUAUUUUUGUGCCUCGGAAAGCAUUGAUCGGUUGAUGUUACUAAUUCUGUUGAAUACGAGGUCCGAGGAUCAAAUUGUAUACGAAAAUGGUAGUCUGUUUA